AUGGAUGUAUUUAUUUUGCAAUUCCUUCUACAGAUUUUGCAGUGCCUCUCUGUUCAAGGUCUGACAUCUUCCGGAGGCGGAAGCGCUGCUAGCAUCGAUGGAGGAUACAGUAGCGGAGUAUCAAGAGCAAUCAUCAAAGACAGAUUGAAGACAUUUAAUAUUCAAUUUGAAGAGCUUCAUCAAAGACAAUCUCAAUGGACAGUUCCUGAUACCGAGUUAAGAGAAUCCCUGAGGCUUGCAGUUGCUGAAGUCUUGCUUCCUGCUUACAGAUCUUUCAUUAAACGCUUUGGGCCUUUGGUUGAGAAUGGUAAGACCCCACAGAAGUACAUCAGAUACAAUCCAGAGGAUCUUGAACAUAUGCUUGGUGAGUUUUUCGAGGGUAAGACCUUAAAUGACCCCAAGCGAUAG